GGACGCAUGCAACAGAGAGCCCUAACCAUGAGGAGGAGCCGACACCGCGCAAAUAUGGGACUUCUAGUGCUUUUCCGAUGGCUUGUAUUCACAGUGGUGGUGCCCGCCUGGCUGCUUGCUGCUCCGAGUGGUGUCCGUGAGCGUCCCUGCCCCCAGAGCUGUAGAUGUGAUGGGAAAAUAAUAUACUGCGAAUCCAACGCCUUCCGUGAUGUUCCAAGCAACGUUUCUGUGGGCACACAGGGCCUCUCCCUGCGUUACAACAGCCUUGUGAACCUCAGAGCCCACCAAUUUGCAGGCCUGAGUCAACUGGUUUGGCUCUACCUCGACCACAAUUACAUUAAUGCUGUGGACGGCCAGGCUUUCCAUGGGAUACGGAGGCUCAAAGAACUAAUUCUGAGCUCGAAUAAGAUCACACUGCUGAAAAACAACACUUUUCAUGACGUUCCGAAUUUACGUAAUCUAGACCUUUCCUACAAUAAACUGCAGGUUCUCCAGCCUAAUCAGUUUGUGGGUCUGCGGAAACUACUCAGUUUGCACUUGAGGUCAAACUCCCUUAAAACGGUCCCGAUGCGAGUUUUCCUUGACUGUCGCAACCUGGAGUUUCUUGAUAUUGGCUACAACAGGCUACGGAGCCUCACGCGUAAUGCUUUUGCAGGACUCCUCAAGCUCAUCGAGCUUCAUCUGGAGCACAACCAGUUCUCAAAGAUAAACUUUGCCCAUUUCCCCCGCCUGACUAACCUGCGGGCACUCUAUUUGCAGUGGAACCGUAUCAAACUGCUGACCCAGGGCCUGCCGUGGAUGUGGACCUCCUUGCAAAAGCUGGACCUCUCGGGAAAUGAGCUCCAAGUGUUGGAUCCGAGCACAUUUCAAUGCCUCCCUAAUCUGCAGACUCUUAACCUGGACUCCAACAAGCUCAGCAAUGUGUCUCAGCAGGCAGUGGAGGCUUGGAUCUCACUCACCACCAUCAGUUUGGCUGGUAAUUUGUGGUACUGUAAUCCCAACAUAUGUCCCCUGGUGGCCUGGCUCAAAGCCUUUAAAGGUAACAAGGAGUCCACGAUGAUCUGUGCAGGACCCAAAGAGGCACAAGGAGAGAAAGUGACUGACGUGGUGGAGACUUACAACAUCUGCACAGCGACACCGGCCCCCGUGCCCUCAACGACAUCGCCCCUCACUUCUGCUUUUCAACCCGAGCUUCUGCCUCUCCCUACACAAUCUGUGGUGGAUAAGAAGCUGAUCUGGAACAGAACAGCCUCCCCUACUCCCUCCGAGGCCUCCCCCACCAUCCCCUUGCCAGACACUGAGUAUGUGUCCUUCCACAAGAUCAUAGCAGGUAGCGUGGCCCUCCUCUUAUCUGUGGCUAUAAUUCUACUGGUAAUCUACGUCUCAUGGAAGCGCUAUCCCAGCAGCAUCAAACAGCUUCAGCAGCGCUCGGCGGUUAAAAAGCGCCAGAAAAAGUCACGGGAGACAGAGCGCUCCCUUAAUUCACCACUGCAAGAGUACUAUGUGGACUACAAGCCUUCACACUCAGAGACUAUGGAUGUGCUGGUUAAUGGGACAGGACCUUACACAUACACCAUCUCAGGCUCCAGGGAAUGCGAGAUACCGCGGCAGCUGAGUGCUCUGACGUUGUACAGGUGUGAGCAGUCGGUUCUGGAUUACUGCCAUGCCCACCUGUCGCUGCACCUUAACGUGGGUAUGGAGCCCCCAACUCAGGCACUGGGAGGUCCGAGGCCAGCCAAGUACCACCCGGGCCUAAUGGUUCCCCUCCCCUCUGAGCCUGUGCUGCCUUGCCCCCAGACCCACUCCCUCCACCAGUGAGCUGUGCACACUGUGAGGCUCUGUGUCUAAACUAUGAGUGCUGCACAGAAUCAGUGGACCACUCAGAUGAAACACAAGGCUGUGUGGGAGGGAACUGGGACUGGUAAAGAAGCAAAGGAGACAAUUAAUCUACUGCAGAGCAUCCUGGACCCAGGGUAAUGAAAAUGAAAAUAUUUCUCAGUGGAAAUAAAGGGGUGCAGCGGUAUUGAUUAGUGAGCUUCUGACCUACCUGACCCUCAAUGUCCUCAAUUAGCAAAGGAGGCUGAACAGCAGCAUGACUUUCCACGUUCUGCUCUGCCUCUUGAGGAGUAUUAAGGCUAAUAAUUUAAUCAUUUGUUAAUCUUAUUAAACAUAUUUCCUCGACUGCUCCUCAUCUGGGCACCUUUCUGCUGCGUCAGGUAAAGUAAUCAAAUGCAAAAUGU